AUGGACACGGAAGAGCUCUUACGAAUUCUGAACCCGGACAUACAGGAAGCAGAUUUCACUAUUCGCAAUGAGCAGACAGAUCCGGUAUCUAAAAAAAACCAGGCAAAGAGGUAUGACCGACGCAACCGCAGACAGGCUACGCGGCUUCACCAGACAGGCAAGGAGGCAGCCUCAGAAUAG